CACUACUAAAAGAACAGACAAUUUGCUUCUUUGACAGUUUUCUACAUAAACAUAUGUUUGUUACAUCAUAAGGAUAUUCAUUUCUACUCGUGAAAUGUUUGCAGAUUUAUCUGUGUCUGAAGAUGUGUCAAUAUGGUCUACACUGUGGCGUGUUGUUAAAGGCUAUCUUGGGUUUUGUUUAGGUGGUCAACACCUUCAUUCGUUCUUCAUAGGAUUUGCUGUCUUCGAGGCAAUAUCAUGUUUAUACUACCUAUUAAUUGGAGAUGGGUUAUUGAACCUAUUAACUGGAGACUUGGACUCAUAUUUAUUUCUUUUUGCUCAGUUCAUGACAUUGAUUGGCAUGAUUAAGACAUCAAAGGCUUUUACCAUGAGCUCCAUUAACCGACGUAGUGAUCUUCUGGAGAUGUACCUCUUCCUUUUUGUUCAUCUCCUUGUUUUAUACUCAUGUCUUUUUUUGGUACCUGAGAACAAGGAGUUAAUUAUUGAAGCAUCGGUUCUCCGAAUAGUCUGCUAUACCACAUUAGUUGUUUUGCUCAGUUUCAAAAAGGAGCCAUCCAGGGAGCCUAGUGAGCCAAAUGACCUGCGUGUGCAAAUUGAUGAGGACCAUCAUGAAUGUUUUCAGAGUGAUUUCCGCAGAUCAACUGAUGACCUUGCCUCCCGUGUGUCAAAAAUGAUUCGUCAUAUUCUCCGGCAUGAUCAACCACAAGAUAUCCAGGGGGACGAUGAAGAUAACAAGCACUCACUUGUGUUAUAUCUCUACCAUAAAUAUAAGAAAUUGGCUCUUGCAAUAUUAUUUUUUAUUUUAGAGAUAAUAUCAUCUGUUUUAGAGUUGAUAUCAUCUGUAUUGGAUAUCACUGGGAAAGGCAAGCUUGUUUUCAUUGGGGCUGCAUUGGUCUUGGCAGUGUUUGUCUUUUUCGCAACAUUAUUGGUUUAUUGGAAGGGAAGAUCCAUCAGAUUACCAGAUGAGAAACCAAUUUUGAACUUGGAGCUUUUAAUUUCUGGGACUCAUCAUUUACAACACUAG